ACAGACUUUUCACGGGUUAAGUGAACGCGAACGCCGCGCAUACGCGUUACCAAUCUUUGUUUAUUUUACCUUUUGUUUUUGCUUCCGCUCACAAUUUGGGUUAAUUCGGCUCCGAGAUUCUGCACUUCUAUAUUUCCGUCAUACAAUAAUCGCCAGUAAUAACAAAUAAAAUUCGAGUCGUAAUUGCGCUUCAUUUGGAGCUGGUCGUGCGCGCUCACCCCUUCUCCCUCUCCCUCUCUCACACGCUUUACAUUUUUCUCUCAAAGUGUGUUUAGCGGUAAAUUUGCAACAACAAAAAAUUAGUAUAAAAACACCGGGCCAUAAACACAACAAACGUGUAAAAAGAGUGCGAAAAAAUUAAAAUUGUUUAAUUCGUUUUGGCUGUAAUUACAAGCCACAUUUGUCGGCAAAUAAGGCAUACACGUACACGCACAUACAUACAUACAAACAACAAAAACAGCAACAAGUUGAAGCUGCUGCAUUUGGGAAAUAUUGGCAACAUUUGUGACAAAGCGGCGAGAGAAGCACACAACAGAAUAUGCCACCAUUUAAUUUUAUUAAAGAUGAGAUUCAGCCGAAUACGAUACCUGACUUAAAAGUUGAUGCAACUUUUCGGAAGGUACCCAAGAAUGCGAUCACCUUUGCGCUUUGGAAAAUCGACGACGAUCACUUGGAAGCCGUUGCACGGCCACAGUACGGCAUUUUCCAGGAUAAUUGCGCCUACAUUAUAUACGCGGCCAGCACUGUGGGACAUUAUGUUAGCCACGAGACCAUUACACGCGAUCAGAAACCAAAUGUGACACUGGAACGCUAUAUACACUAUUGGCUGGGCAGCAGCGUUACUGAGCAGAACCGUUCGAAUGUGGUGCACAAAAUACAAGAGCUGGACUCCUACUUGGGCAAUGUGGCGACUAUUUAUCGUGAGACCCAAAAUCGUGAGAGUGCACGUUUUCUCUCCUACUUCAGAAAGGGCUACGACGUACUGUCAAGCGCUCUGCUUAGCGAACCGGCUCUACCACGUCUCUACCAAUUGUACGGCCGGAAAUGGCUGCGCGCCAUCGAAUUGGCCACCAUUGACUGGCAGCACUUCAACUCGGACUACAUAAUGGUGCUGAAGACGGAGACGGUUGUUUUCGUAUGGAUCGGACGGUCUAGUGCGUCCAUCGAGCGACGUACCGCUCUUGCUUGGGUGCAGCGUCAGAAGAUGGGCAAUACGUCGAUUGUAAUUGUAGACGAUGGUUACGAGCAGGCGAUGACAGGCGAACAGAAGGAGCUGUGGAAUAAACUGCUGCCACUGGGCAAACGGAUUGUUUGCCAAACCAGCCAGAUACACGAAUACGAAACCAGUGCCAAUGGGGCUAACAAUAAGUUUCGCAUUUAUAAGUGUAACAAACGUGGGCGGCUGCAUCUCGACCAACUGGAUGUUGGUAUGCCUAGCAAAGAUGAUUUGAACGACUCGAACGGUGUUUAUCUCUUGGACAACUAUGCGCAGAGUGUGUGGCUAUGGGUGGGAUCUCAGGUGCCGCAGGCCGACUCUCAGCUGGCCAUGGGCAAUGGAAGGGCCUUCGUGAAAAAGAAACAGUAUGACAACAGCACUUUGGUAGCCCGUGUUGUUGAGGGCCACGAACCCGUGGAGUUCAAGCGCCUAUUUGCCAACUGGCUUAAUGUCUGGCAGGAUAAUAGGCGCAGUCACAAGCCUGUUUCGACCAAGUUUGGCAAACUGGACGCCGUGUCCUUGUGCGAACGACCAAAAAUGGCCGCUGACACGCAACUGGUAGACGAUGGCAGAGGGGAGCGUGUGGUGUAUCGCGUGUGUGGCACAGAUAUUACGGAGCUUCUGCCGACCAAGGCUGUGGUCUUUUGCACAAAUAGUUGCUAUGUGGUCAAGUACAGCGUGUUGUGUGCCACGGUGGUGCCGGCGGAUUUGGCUUCGGUGGGCAUUCAAAACAUCAUCUAUCAGUGGAAUGGCUCGGAAGCGCCUGCCGAAGCGAUAAGCAAUGCCGAGCGCUUUGCCAUUAAGUGCUUUGAGGGUCUUACCAGACCCGGAAUGUUUGUGCAGCUGUACGAGUUCGACGAGACCCCGCACUUCUUACAGAUCUUCGAGGGCAAGCUCAUCAUUAUGCGCGGGCAGCGCAACGAGCUGUUGCAGCGGGAGAACUACACCGACUACAAGGCGAACAUUCUGUUGGAAACGUUCCUGCUGAAGAUCUACGGCGAUGCCACAUACAAUUCCAAGGCGGUCGAGGAGCACCCAUUGUCUUCGAUCAGCUCAAAGGACUGCUACGUGAUCAAGACCAGUCACGUGUGGGUGUGGUGUGGUCAGAGCAGUACGGGCGAUGCCCGCGAGAUGGCCAAGUCCGUGGGCGCACUGCUCGGUGAGAGCUCCCUGAUGCUGGAGGGCAAGGAAACGAAGGAGUUCUGGCAGUCGGUGGCUAUGUACUUCAAUCAGACUCUGGUUAUCAAUGGUAACUCGUGCAACAGCAGCACCAGCAGCAGGAACAGCUGCAACGGCAGUAGCUCGCCAAACGGCAGCAGCAACGGUGGCAAUGUUUCACCCACGCUCAGCAAUAAUUGCUAUCUGAACACUUGCGUACCUUCAAAGCCGCGCCCGCCAGUGCAGCUCUUUCUGGUCUGGUGGCAUCAGGGGGGCAACACGCUGCGCAGCGAAGAAUUGCUAGGAUUCGAGCAGCAGGAUCUCAGUGCCGAUUGCAGUUACAUCCUGGAUACAGGCAACAUAACCUAUGUGUGGCUUGGUGCCCAUGCCAUCAGCCUAGAGCGGGAGAAGUACACAGCGAUGGCCCAGAGUUAUAUACAGAAUGCGCCCUUCGGACGACGUGCCGCCACCGCCCUGGCUAUAGUGAAGCAGCAUGAGGAGCCCAAUGUGUUCAAGGGUUACUUCGAGUCAUGGCAGAACGAUUUAGGCGAGAAAUUUAUAACCUAUGAGCGAAUUCGAAAAGAUUUGGCCAACUCUACUCCGACAAUUGAUACCAACAAAAGCUCUGCCUUGAUGUUAAACAAUUCACAAAAGGAUUUCGAUGGGCAUAAGAAAUAUCCACUAUCUGUUUUGGUGCAGGAAAUAGACGUCCUUCCGCCUGAAGUCAAUCCUCUAAUGCGUGAGCUGCAUUUAACGCACGACGACUUUGUGGCGGUUUUCAAAAUGUCCUUUUACGAGUACGAUGACUUGCCCAAGUGGAAGAAGCAGGAGCUUAAAAAAGUGUACAAGUUGUUUUAAACCAUUUGUCCAGCAGGCGCACACACAUUGUUGUAUAUAGUUCUUCAACGGCACACAGUUUUGGAUCGCUUCAUUAUAUAAAACUAUUAGUUAUCGAGCUUAUGUUAUAUAUUCCUUUUCGUAGACUUAU